GGUGUGAGUGCCCAGUGAAGAAAAGCCUCGUGAGGCGUUAGAGACACGCUCAAUGCGCCUAUUAAACAGCAUACCAUAACAUGAAAACUCACAUCACAGUCACACACCCUUCCUUGGUCCUAACGGCUCCCCAACCGCCCACGUUCUUUCCCAACCCCACUAUACAAAUUCCCACUCACACACAUGCUCUUCCACUAAAACUCUCACAAUUCUCUCUCUCUCUCUCUCUCUCUCUUUCCCUCAAACCCAAAAUUCUUGAUAGCUGUCAAAAAAAUGUUCACAGCUAGUUGUGACCAAAUGUUGCAGUGCCCUCCUAGGCCACUCCAAAUUAUGGACAGAAUGUUGAAACCCAAUGUUGAAAUUGCUCCCAAUUGCCCUCGUUGUGCUUCCUCCAACACUAAAUUUUGCUACUACAACAACUACAGCUUGUCCCAGCCUAGGUACUUCUGUAAAGGCUGUAGGAGGUACUGGACCAAAGGUGGCUCUCUCAGAAACGUACCAGUUGGUGGUGGUUGUCGAAAGAAUCGUCGCGGCAAGUCGUCUAGGCAGCUCCCACAGACACAGCGGGUUUCGGUAACAAAUUCUUCCAAUUAUGCCAAUGACCAAUCUACGGAUUCUAGUUCCUCUAAUGGGGAUUCAAGUACCAAUGGUUCGGAUAUUGAUCUUGCUGUUGUUUUCGCUAAUUUCUUGAAUCAGAACCCAAGCAAUAAUAUUGAGCAGCCAGAGUUCAUGACUGUCCCAGACUUAGUGCCUAAUGAUUCAAACCCACAAUCUGACUCGCAGAAUUGUUUAAACAGCUCAGCGUUUGAAAGCCAGAAGCCUAUUGAAGAGGGUGAUAUACUGUUCCAAGGACUUGGUCAAGAUGAGAAGGUUCAAGAAUUCAUGGAAGAUGACGAUGUGAACGCAUUUGGGUUGCAGAGUUUAUUGGAUGAUGAAGUGGUUCAAGAUGUUUUGUGGUCAGAUACUGCGAGUUUGCCGAAUUUAAUGUGGCAACCUAUGGUUCAAGUGCAAGAAUUGGAGUCGUUUCAGUCCAAUGAUCAGUUAAGAAUUUCGACCAAUCUAAUAAACGAUUGCUGGAGUUCCUUGGAUCUGUCUGGUUUUGAGGUUUUCUCAAGACCUUGACGAGCAAUCUACAAGUAUAUUUUUUUUUUUUAUUUCUUCUUAAUUCUUCUUCGAGGAAAUUUACAUGUCCUUGGAAAUGUUAAUGGUAUAGACAUUAAUAUUAUAUAUACAAUAAAAACUAUAUAUAUGAUCA